UCACUCAGCUUCCUCCUUCCUACUCCCACUGUGAAAGACUCGGGACUGAAGUUAGUGUUUGCUGGAGCAAACCAAUCGCUGGACAUUGUGUCACAGCCUGUGGCUCCUGUUGUUGAAAUAAAUGAUACAAUUGAUCCGUGUGACCAUUGCAGACAUUGGGAUUCCUGAAUCUGGCUAGUGAAGUUGUGGGAAGAAACCAAUGGCAAAAGAACAAGUGAAACAAACUCUUGGAACUACUGCACCAAAUACUGAGUUUUCACAGUUGUUUUCUUGCUGACUAGUGGGAAAGGUUUUGAUCACGAAACCCCUUUACCUGAUGUUAUUCUGCAGUGAGUGACGGAUGGAGCUUUCAUCCCCUCAAAGCCCAUCUUGUUGGGAGAGCAGCACUUCCAGGAAACGCAAAGCCUGGGCUAAGAGCAGAGAUCAGUGGCAGACUCUCGAUGAGAAUCUCACAGACACAACCUCUCAUUCAGGAGCUUCUGUUGACAAAAUAAAGAGUUGGCUGGAAGAUUGUGGGUCCUGUCACGUGAGCCUACAGGAAGAGAGCAACCCACCCGGAUUAAAUGAUGCCUCUGGUUUGAGUGCUGGGAACAGUUUCGAGGAUGAUCUGAGUCUUGGAGCUGAGGCCAUCCUGUUACAGAGUCCAACACAGCCAAUCACAACACAGUCUGAGGGCAAAACAAAACCAUUGAGAAGCCUUGAAAACUCAAACUCCAGUUUCCAAGUGACCAAGGAUCAACAGAUUUUUCAGAUGGGCAGGAGCAAGGUCUCAACUAUUGUCUCUGAAGGGACAGUUGGAGCAGUUUCCAGCGUUGCUGAAAUCUUGGAUAUGUACAAAGAAGAUCCUGAGGAGAUUCUAUAUAACCUUGGCUUUGGAAUGGAAGAGCCCAACAUUACAGCAAAAAUUCCAUCCCGCUUUUUCAGCUAUGCAUCUCAUGCGAAUGGAAUUAACUUCAGGGUCUUCUUAGAAGCUCAGGUGAAGAGACUGGGAGAGGAAAAUCCCUGUUACACCCUGGCAAGUCGGUUCCGGCAAAUCGAGGUGCUCACGACGAUGGCGAACGCUCUCACUUCUUUGUAUUCUCAUGUUUCGAAGACACCAGUGCAAAAGAUCGGACCUGCUCACCAGUUUUCUUUCAGUCCUGAUAAAUCCAUUGGAGGUGCUUCCAAUAAGGAAGGGAAGCAGCCAGCUGGAAAAGCAGUUCAGAAACUGAGGAAAACAAUUACUAAGUUAUGUUUAUACGGAGCGUCCCGGGACUUGGAGUCUCCAAAACAAAAGACAGGGUCUCCAAGCAGGAAGAGCCCAGGACUGGAGCUGUCUGGUGAUCUCAGCAUGAAGGCCAACUCUGUGAGAACUGAGGUGAAAGGCCUGGAAACAGUGUGUAAACAAACUUUUAACAAUGGGUCUCCUCAGCCCAAUUAUGAAGGAGGUAGAAAGCCUAGCAGCGCAGUGAUCAAGGAGAUGUGGAGGGAAGACACUGGGAGAUCCAGACUGUAUGGCUUCAGUACAGAAUCUGACCAAUCCUGGGAAAUAGAAAUUCCUAGUAAGCAGAAGCAUUCCAAUCCUGAGCCAUUCCGUUCCUCAGAUACUGUUUGGGACUGUGUUAAGAUUGGGAAGCAGUCUAUUGAUGUACAGGAAGUCAAACCCAUCUCAUUAUUUCAGUGGAACAGCCAAAGCAGCUCAGAAGAAAGUGAAGCUUUGAAACAUGAUUUGGAUCUCCAGAACGUUCUGCAAACAGAUGAUUCUGCUGGGUCAUUAUUCCAAAAAAGUGUUGACCAAAAUACAAAGAAUGGCCUGGAACUCAGUGUUCACACAGCACAGAGCCUCACAGAGACACAGGUGAGAAGGAACUGAGGCAGGUACCUGGUGUGUUCACAUCAACAUUAACACAGAUCAUCGACUCACCUCACUACAUCAAAUGAACCUGCACCACCCUGGACUGAGAAUUAUCCUUUUGCAGCCUGGACACUCCUUAGACAUGAGUGGAGCUGCAAAUAACAGUCAUUGUUAAACAAUAAAUUAAGGUUUCACAAUCAA